GAGAAUAAAUAGGAAUGCCUGUUAUCGCCAGCCGCAUGGGCGACUCUAAUACGCUGACUGUGCUAGUGGUUGGUAAUUUAACUCCUGUAACACAGCGAUAGAUUCCUGGUUCGCGACGGAACUCGACUAAAUUAACUCAAAUUAUCUAACCACUGAGACGUGGCGCAACGCCGCGUAACACCACCAAGCCUGCAUGGGUGACGUCACCCAGAAAUACACUUUAAUGGUACCCAACCAGAGCGCAUUGAAACAAAACGUGGCUCAUCAAGCCACUAGGUACUCAGCAAGGGACCCAAGAUUAAGAACUUAAGGACCAUUAUAUUAAGUAUCGUAGAAACCUUUUGUUUAGCUUACCAUAAACGAUGGAGAAUGAAUGUGGCCUUGUCUUGAAGCGCAGCAGGACGCCUAGGUCCAAAGAUACUAAUGACGUCGUACGCGAGUCUCUUCUAUCAGAAUCCACUUCGGGUUUCGGUAAAGGAGAAGAAGACACGACCAGCAUUGGUACAACUUCAUUCUCUAGUCCCGAUUUGGAGAUUAGCAGCAAAGAAGCGGUUCUGUUUAAAUUGAACGAUAAAAUCAAAAGGAAUAAUAAUAAUCAUGUCAAAAUAAUUGAAAAUCCAGCCGAUGAAGACGUUGACUUUGAUAGAUCGGUCGCUGGAGAUGAUAAAGUGUCCAUUCCAGACGGAGGAUGGGGCUGGGUGGUCGUUUUCUCGUCGUUCGUGAUAUCCAUGAUAGCUGACGGCAUCAGCUUCUCCUUUGGUUUGCUAUACAUAGAAUUUUUAGAGGAAUUUCAGGCCAGCAAAUCAACGACCGCCUGGAUCGGGAGUCUGUUCAUUGCUGUGCCAUUACUGUCGGGACCAGUGAUGAGUGCUUUAGUAGACAGAUAUGGUUGUCGAAGCAUGACAAUACUCGGUGGAAUUAUAUCGACAUUAGGCUUUGUGUUGGCAUCAAUUUCGAACACUUUAGAAAUGAUGAUGAUUACUUUUGGUGUGAUCGCUGGACUUGGAUUGGGUCUGGUUUAUGUCACAGCCGUCGUAUCAAUCGCUUAUUGGUUUGAAAAGAAGAGGAAUUUAGCUGUAGGUCUUGGGGCAUGUGGUACUGGCGUGGGAACAUUCGUUUACGCCCCAAUGACCCAAUAUUUCAUUGAUGAAUACGGCUGGAGGGGAACCAUAUUACUGCUUUCUGGGACACUGCUGAAUCUAUGCGUCUGUGGCUGUGUGAUGCGUGAUCCCGAAUGGUGGAUUAUAGAACAGAAGAGACAAAGAAUGAAAGAUAUUAAGAGUACGAGAAACUCCAGUACUUUGUCAAUUUCGAAUCAUCACGGCCAAGAGGCUGAUUCUCCAACGAGAGGUAAAUUCAUGGAGGGACUGAUAAAACGAGGAGUAUCCCCAGAGACUGUGAUAAGACAGGAAGCAGAAACCAUAAGGCAACAGAAAAUUGUUUUUUUGCCAGAAACUUCGGGUAGACCAAGGUCGAAAUCUGUGGUGGAUCUUCCGACGUAUUCUACUCAAAAUGAUAAGAUAUCGUUAUCCGCACUAGAAACUUUAAUUAAAACAAUCGGUAAAGAAUACGAAAUCGAAGUUAAAUACCCAAAGUUUGCAUUGAACUCGAACAAGAGACGGCUAAAAAGAGAAGCUAGGAUUGAAGACUAUCCACUGUACGCCGAACCCAAAAAUGUGCAAAGGACAUAUUCAGAUAUAUGUGAAUUACAUGGAAAAAAUACUUUUGAAGAGAAUCAAGAUAAUAAUAAACGAGAAAGAUUAAUAGCGAAGACUGUUUCCGAAACUAAAGAUGUCGUUCUAGUUAAACAAGACAGUAAAGAGAACAAGAGAGAUUGGUUGAGGAAGCAGUUGUCCGUCAAUCAUCAUUACCUAAAAGACCUGAAGAUGCCAAUCACUUCGAUAAGCCAUAGGAACGCGAUGCUCAAUAUCAGGAAGUACAAGCUAAAGGCCUCAUCUUGUCCGGAUAUCUUCAAGAAUUCCAUGAUCACAAUCAACGAAAAAGAAGAGAAAUGGUACGCAGACUGCGUUUCUUGCGUCUCCGAUAUGUUCAACGUGUCCCUAUUUAAGCGUCCCACAUUCAACUUACUUUGUUUGGGCACCAUUAUUAUAUUUGUCUGGUUCAUCGUGCCUUACUUCUACCUCGCCGAGCACAUGACCAUUAAAGGUUAUACUGAGGACGAUGGCGCUUUGAUGCUCAGCUUGAUUGGAAUCACGAAUACUAUAGGAAUGGUUGGCCUCGGCUGGAUCGGCGAUUUUCCAAACGUGUCAAUUGGGAAUUUAUAUGCAGUUUGUUUGGUACUCUGCGGUGCUUCGGUAGCGGCUAUUCCCCCAGCAGUAGCCAAUUAUUGGGUGUUGGCCGCAAUAGCUUGUGCGUUUGGGCUGUUAUUCGCGGCCUCGUUCACCUUUACGCCAAGUUUGCUGGUCAAACUGGUUUCGUUGGAUGACUUUACAUCUGCUUAUGGUUUGGUGCUGUUGGCCCAAGGUAUUGGGCAUUUGAUUGGACCUCCACUGUCAGGUUUAAUUUUCGACCUGACUAACUCCUGGGAGCUCUCUUUCUAUCUGUCAGGUGGAUGGAUAAUGGCGGCCGGCGUACUCAUCUCGUUCAUACAGCCGGUUCAAACUUAUUAUCAACGGAGACGUAAUAUCGACGACAACAAGAAUAGUUUCAGCGAAGCAUAGACAAAUGCGGAGUUUACCCCAAUUUUUUUAAAUUAAGAAUUUGUCCAGUGUCAUUGAGAAUACGAUUUAAUUUCAAGUUUGAAAUUUUGACAAUGACAUUUUAGUUAGGUGCGUUCUUCGACUUCAUCUAGGAAAGGCUUUUUCUUGUUCGGUCAAUUAGUUUAACUAGUUGGUCCGUUAGACGAAAUUCGACCACAAUCAUUGACGUCUCAAGGUUCUUUUUAAUUUUCACGUGUUCCCUUUAUUUUGCAAUUGACAUUCUUCCGAGUAAUGGAACAAAAACUACUAUAAAUAAAAAUAACUACUAUAUAAAAAAAGGAACUGUCUUUUUUGCAUAUUUAUUUCUUGAAAAAAUCUACUUGGACCACUCUGUUAAUGUAUUCUGCAGGUCAUCUUGGAAAUCUUUAACGGUCUGACGUACUCUUCCACGAGGAACGCCAGGACUGCCUAUCAGGUAGACUGCUUAUGGCGGUUUAUAAUUCUUGCCGUAUAACAAAAUUAAAUAUUGACGUUUUAAGCUACAAGAGAAUCUCUAGCGAUUUUGGCACGUCUACUUUUGUCAAUUAAAAACACCAUUCCGUCAAUUUUACAAACACCAGAAUGUGCUUAAAGUUUAAAUUAAAAUAUGACAUAUUCCACACCCAUGAUUAUUUUAACUUUCUGUUCUGAUGCCCAAGAUUAUUGAAUUUAAGAAAAAAAUAUCCUUCACGAUGGUUAAUCGAAAAUCGAAAUUAACCCGAGUACACUUGAGUACAGUAGCUGUGUGAAAUUGACGCCCAAAAAAAGGUAUUAUUGUACUGAUUAAAAGUAUUAGUAUUAUACAUUAAAUUCGAGUCAGUUUUCUUAGAAGAGAAAUCGAACUAAGAGCUUUAUGUUGAAGAUUGUAGCGAAAGAAGAAGUAGAUAUUAAACAUAAUAAGCUUGAUUUUAAGAUCCAAUGAACUAUCAAUGUAAAUCAGAUUGACGAUUCUACAAAUAAGGUUUUGGCUAAGUAAUAACGAUUUCUCGAAACGACGGUCUAUUUGCGGUAGGCAGCGGCUUGGCUCUGCCCCUGGCAUUGCUGAAGUCCAUGGGCGACGGUAACCACUCACCAUCAGGUGGGCCGUAUGCUUUUAAUUUUUUUAAGUUUUUAAAUCUGGAUAUCGAUUUAUGGUGUUUUUUAUUCUAGGCUAAGUAGGCUUUUGCACUAUCAAAUCGUUAUAACUUUAAGAACGAUUCGGAAUACCGAGAAGAGUCUGCAAGAAAUUAAGGGCUUGUUCUUCCAAUACGCUUUGUACAUUGUAAAAUUAUAAUUUAGAAUAUUUCAUUUAGAGCUAAACACUUUUUGGAACGAAGUUCCUUAUGGGCGAUGUGGAAGGGUACCCUAACAGGGAAAAACGUCCGUAACGUAAGAUUUUUAUUAGUAAUGCCCACACUAUACGACUUAACUUUGUAAUAACGUACAAAAAAUAACAUAUUUUUUUAUCAUU